AUGGUGGUGUGUGUUUUAGGCUAUGCGCAUGAGGUGGUCGGGAAGCUGAACUUGCAACUCUAUUACAAAGAUUUACAUAAAGACAUAAUAACAGAAAAAGUGUCAGAUAAGCCGGCAUCAAAAUCAGGUCCUCGGGGGGUACAAGUGGUGACGCCAGGGCCGGAGCACACUUUCACCCUCGAUGAGGAUGCCUUAAGCGAGCUGCUGCUCCGCGAAGACAUCCGCGACCGGCCUGUCGUAGUCAUCUCGGUCGCCGGCGCCUUCCGCAAGGGCAAGUCCUUCCUGCUCGACUUCUUUCUCAGAUACCUCUACCACAAGUAUGGCGCCGGCGGCGGAGGCGACUGGCUGGGUGCCGAGGACGAGCCGCUCCACGGCUUCAGCUGGCGCGGCGGCUCUGAACGCGAUACUACCGGCAUCCUCAUGUGGUCCGAUAUUUUCAAGGCUACGCUCCCAAAUGGAGAGAAGGUGGCGAUAGUUCUAUUGGACACGCAAGGCGCGUUCGACAGCGAGUCGACGGUGCGCGAUUGCGCCACCGUGUUUGCCCUCUCGACUAUGCUAUCUUCCGUGCAACUGUACAACCUCAGCCAGAACAUACAGGAGGACGACUUACAACACUUGCAGUUAUUCACAGAAUACGGGCGUCUGGCACUGGAGGACAGCGGGAGGACUCCAUUCCAGAGGUUGCAGUUCCUCGUCAGGGACUGGAGCUUCCCGUACGAGGCGCAGUAUGGAGCUGAUGGCGGCCAGAAAAUACUACAGAGAAGGCUCAAGGUGUCAGACAAACAACACCCCGAGCUGCAGUCUCUGCGUAAACACAUAACGUCAUGCUUCUCUGAGAUCGCAUGUUUCCUCAUGCCGCAUCCCGGACUCAAGGUCGCCACCAAUCCCAAUUUCGAUGGACGACUCUCAGACAUUGAGUCGGAAUUCAAGAGGUCCCUUCAGCAACUGGUCCCGAUGGUUCUAUCCCCACACAACCUCGUGCCGAAGCUCAUCAACGGACAGAAGGUGAAGGCCAAGGACCUCGUGCAAUAUUUCAAGUCUUACAUGAACAUUUACAAGGGCAAUGACUUGCCUGAACCCAAAAGUAUGCUCGUGGCGACGGCGGAAGCCAACAACCUGACGGCGGUGGCAGAGGCCAAAGAAGUGUACACGACACUCAUGGAGGAGGUGUGCGGCGGUGCCAAGCCCUACCUGCAGACGCAGCUGCUCGACGCGGAGCACUGCAGGAUCAGAGACAAGGCUCUACACGCCUUCCACAGCAAGCGCAAAAUGGGGGGCGAGGAAUUCAGUCAGUCGUACUGCGAACAGCUCACGCAGGACCUGGAAGAGCAGUUCCAGCAGUUCCGCGCGCACAACGAGAGCAAGAACAUCUUCAAGGCGGCGCGCACGCCGUCCGUGUUCUUCGCCAUCGCGCUGUUCUUCUACGUGCUGAGCGGCGUGUUCGGGCUGGUGGGGCUGUACCCGCUGGCCAAUCUCUGCAACCUGGCCAUGGGUCUCGCUCUCUUGACGCUGGUGCUCUGGGCGUACAUCAGGUACAGCGGCGAAAUGCGCGAGCUGGGCGUCGCCGUCGACGACACCGCUAACGUGCUUUGGGACAAUGUGAUGAAGCCCAUGUACCAGAUGUGCCUGGAGAAGGGCAUGGAGCACGCGGCGGCGGCGGCGGCCGAGCGCGCGCUGGGCCCGCCCAGCUCCAACGGCAAGCACAAGGCCUUGUGAUCCGCGCACCCCCGCCUCGCCCCGCAGCCCGCGCAGCCCCCGCAGCCCCCCUCGGCCCGGCCUUGCCACACUCUUCUCGCUUUCAAACGAGCGGUAAGUCGGCGUCGUUUUCGAUUUCGUCCUCGCGUUGUUCAACCCGACCGCUGCGCUCGGGAUCACGACGAACGUGUUCGAGGCCGCGCGCGGAACGACGACGAUUUACGGUGUGACCGACGGUCGAUUUUGUCGCCGAAAUUCUGCAAACGUUUGCGAAUCAAAAUGUUCUACACUUGUGUUCAAAAUUCAUACGUUCAAAGUAAACAUUUAAGUAACGUUCGAACUAACUUAAACCUAAUAUAUCUUCCGGUAUACGUCCCGCUGUUGAGCGUGGGUUUACAUUCAAUCUUUAUUGGUUUAUAUCAAAUUUACUGCAACUACAUGAAUGUUAUUCAAAGAAGAGAACCUUCUAUCCUUGACAGUUAUAACGACAGUGAAAAGGGUACCGUACGUCAUGUGCGAUGAUAAAAAUAGAACACAUAUCUUAUAGUAGUAAAAAUCCCGGUCCAAAAAUUCCGGCAACAAUAUGUAAAGAAUAUUUUUCAAUGUAGUAAAGAGUUGUGCGUGUGUUUGUCUGUUUAUUUGUGUGGUCACGGCUGAGUGCGGCUGUCAAUUGACAUUAACGACAGGUGAUAUGUCAAUUGACAUUUUUACUGAGUGUUCAUAAAAAUUUUAGGGGAAUUUUAACAAUAAUGAUACCUAUAAAGAUAAUGGGAAAUAGGCUAUUUUCCCUAAACUUUAGCUGCUCCGUCAAUUUGCAUAUGAAGGUGUUUUCAUUUUUGUUUGGAUUGCCAAAGUUAUAUUUAUCACAAAACUUAUUUUUAAUGGUGUUUUGUCUUAAAAUUUUGCUCAACAACUUUUGCUAAUUAGCAGAUGCACUGUUUUUAAAACUCCGUAAAUGAAAAAUGGAAACACUUCAGGCAGCAUAUUAUAGGACGUGAUUUGGCAAAAUAUGCUGCGCCCAUAUAUUUUGUGCUACAGACCAUUUAUGUUUAUAUUAUUUGAUAUAAUUGUCAUGUCGCUAUGACUAAAGAAAUUUGACAUUAAAGUCGUGUGAUUUGGAUACUUAUGAUUAUUUACUGCGUAUCGUAUCGAAGUCAAAAUCAAGUACUUGUUAAUUGUUUACUGCGUAUCACAUAAUAUUAAACUCGUGUAAUAGGGUACUUUGAAUUAUUUACUACGUAUCAAGUGAUAUUAAGAGCGGUUACACACGGAGCGGUUACUUUUGGCAGCGAUGUAAACGCGAUGCGGUGGCGAUUCGCAAACGCGAUUACGUGAACCUUUUCACACACGCGCGUUUGUAAGCAGCGAUGCAAGUGCGCAACUACAUCGAUACAAAUGCGCGAUUGCAUCACUACACUUGGGAUUUAUUGGCGAUUGCAUCGCUGCAUUUGUGACCACCACUCUAAGGUCACACAAUCGGGUACUUUUCUGCGUAUCUUGUGAUUUUAAAGUCAAGAUUUGAGUACUUUUAAUUAUUUACUGCGUAUCAGAUCAUAUUAAAGUUGUAAGAUUGUGUACCUUCAAUUAUUAUGUGAUAUGGAACUCAAGUGAUCUGAUAGCAUGAAUUAUUUACCACAUUUCACAUGACGUUAAAGUCAUACGAAUAAUCGGUCCAAAUUUUUUAUUUAAACGCGAAUGAACUUAGUACAAAGUAUAUGCGUGUGGAUGGAGUCCUCGCGUGAAUUGCUGAAAAUAUGCGAUCAAGUUUUAAAUAUAUCAUUGUUUAUGUGGGUGGAGGUAAGAUGACAUUGUACAGCUAGACAAAUUUACCGUAGCGUUAGUGUAGUAGAAUUAUUUGCUUGGAUAAUCCAACAUGGAUGACACAGAGGUAGAUUUUUAUAACAUUCAAUCAAAGAUUUGAACCUUUACCAUGUUAUGGAGUUUAAAAGUAAACUAAUACCAACAUUUAAAUAUCGCAAAAUGAUCUUGACUUCAGUGACAGAUAUUGGAGGUAAAACAAAUUGGUUACUGCUGGACAGCCUUAAUAUACCCAAGUAAAUGUAGAUGGUAUACAUAACGAAAAGGGUUACCCUGUUGGGUUAACGAAGCAAUAUAGAGAAGAAACAUUAAAUAAUCUUAAUCUUUAUUAAAAUAGCUUAACUUUCAAACUAAAAGUAUCGUGUAUAAUAAUAAAUAUACAUAAGAAAACGUAAUAUAUUUUUCAGACCCAUAUUUGAGCGUUGCACCAAAGUAGAAGAGUUAUUUUGAAUACUUGAAAGAUAUUUAUUAUAAUUUAAAACUAAUCACUUGUUGCAUUUGCACAGAAAAACGCAUCGUCUUGCUCAAUAGGUAAAAGUUGAUUAUAGUUGGAGCCUCAGUAUGUUGCUAUAUUUUAAAACCUAUAAUCCUCCCACAUCUAGAUAAUGUCUUAGGCGCCUUGUAACAGCAUAUAAUCGAUUCGCAUAUUGACAUUUUAAUGUGUGCAAUUUUCGUAACAAGUAAAGAAUUUAAAUAAUUUUAUCUGUAAAGCUAGUAUCAAAAACAGGGGCUCCUCACUUUAAACCACCACGAUGUAGCAUGUAACUCUGCUCCUAUAUUAAAUUGUAAAUAUUUCGUAAAAUGCAACAAACAUAUCUCUAAAAUAAAUCACGUAUAAAAAAUCGAAAAAAAAAUACUAAAAUGUGCCAACCGUUUGUAUAAAAUGGAAGUUACUCGGAAAUUGUUUUAAAUAAUAAUUUGGUCAACAUGGGGAGCAAUGUUUGUUCGAAAUACUUGUAUUUGUUGAUAGUUCAGAGUUUAUUGUGUUGUUUUAUUCAGGUUCUUUUCAAGAUAAGUAUCGGAUCGAUGUUUUUUUUAUUGCGUAUUGGUUUUAUCU